CUCCCCCCCCCCUCUCUCUCUCGACACCGCCUCAAUCUCUCUCUCUCUCUCUCUCUAAAGCCUCCCCAAAAUUCCCAAAUGCACGACCACAGCACUCUUCACUAUCCUCCUCCGAUACCGUAGCACCCCUAUCGCCGGAACCCUAACGGCAUUCCCCCGCCGGCGAAUAUGCGGCGAGAAUUUUUCGUUGGACUUCCUUCUUUGUUGGACUCGAUUCAAAUUCUCCAUUCCAAUUGGCUCCCUUGCUCCUCCUUUUCAAAUUUUAGGGUUUUUUCGUGAUCAAUAACCACACCGCUAAGAAGAACUAGAGCGACACAAGCAACCGCCUAUGGCUCCGGGGCGUAAAAAGGGAGCGAAUAAGAACAAACUUCAGUUGCGUUUGGGUGAUCUUGUUCUUGCUAAAGUCAAGGGUUACCCUUCUUGGCCUGCCAAGAUUAGCCGGCCUGAAGAUUGGAAGCGAGUCGCUGAUGCUAAGAAAGUUUUUGUCUAUUUUUUUGGAACUCAAGAAAUUGCUUUUGUUGCCCCUUCUGAUAUUCAGGUAUUCACAAAUGAAGUGAAGAAUAAAUUGUCAGCUCGGUGUCAGAGUAAGAAAGAUAGGUUCUUUUCCCAAGCUGUGAAGGAAAUCUGUGCAGCUUUUGAAGAGUUGCAGAAGGGAAAUUCAAGUGGAUUGGGAGAUAAUACUGAUAGAUCAGCACUAGGAUCUGAGGGUCAAUCUGUUGACUCAAUGGAAGAGGAUGGGGCAGGGGAUGACUUAAAUGAGGGGAUGGGUAAAGUCAGACAAAGUGGAGUGAUGUGGGAUUCAGGACGUGAAUUUAGUUCUAAGUUAGAGCAUUGUUCCAGUAGACGAGGUGAAGCGGGCUCUGAAGGUAUGAAGCCUUCUGUUUCAUGUGACACUGAUGACAGUUUAUACCCAGGUAUUUCUUCUGAAAAUAAGGUUAAAACAUUUGAUGGUGAACAACCACAAGAGGUAUUAUCUGCUUCCAGUUUGGAUAAUGUUUCCUUUGUAAAGGAUGAAGCCUCUUGUAAUGGAAAUCUGGAUGUUAAUCGCAUCAAUAACCUGUGUAAUGGUGAGGAGGCAAGGACAAAUCCUCAUGAGUCUAAGACAGUGGUUUCUGGGGCAGACAGAAAAUCGGAAUGUGAUUCUAGGGAGCAAGUGAAAGGUGGAGAAAAAGGCAAGCAUGCUAGUGGCAGAAUAAGAGAUUCCCCCCCAGGUCCUCCUAAAUCAGAUUCGGGAGCCAAUGGUGGUAGAAAAGCAGAACUAUCAAAAGCCAAAAAGGAUACUAUUAUGGUGUUCAAUGAUAUACACAGAAAUAAGGUCUUUCAAAAGAAAAGGCGUGCCCAACUUGAACAUGGAAAAUCUGAGCUUGAAACGACUGAAACUACAAAUCCUGCUAAGAAAUUAAAGCGUGUAGACAUGGAAGAUGAUGUUACCAAGGGACCCCUCUUAGAAAACAUGUGUAUUUCGCCAAGCUUGAAUGUAGUUGAUGACAAAGCAGUCAAACAGCCUGUGGCACAUGGGAAAAGAGAAAUCCUUUUGGCAUUAAGAGCCCAAAGUGGUAAAGUUAAAUCUGAAGCUUUUGCCCAGAUAGUUAAAGUGAAAUCUAAUCUUUCUUCUCAAUCAGGUAAGUUUAAACCCGGUACAUCUGCCAUGACGAGUAAAGUUGAUUGUGAUGCAUCUGCCCAGACAGUUAAAGUCAAAAGUGAUGCUCCUGCACAAUGGGGCAACACUAAUUCUGAUGUAUCUGCACAAAGCAAAGUUAAACUUGAUGCAUCUGCUGAAAUUGGCAAAGCUAAACCUGAUGCUUCUGAUCCAAUGAGUAAAGUUAAAUCCGAUGUUUCAAAUGAUGAAACUGUGCUGCCUGUAUUAAAACGCCGUAAACGGGCAAUGGAGGCAAUGUGUGACACUGCUGCUCUCAAUUCCGAUGACAGAAUGGAGAAAAAUGCUCUUGAGCUAAAUAGUGAUUUAGCUUCUAUCAAUACGAGAGUUUCUGUCACCCAACAGCCCAAAAGGCGAAGAGCUGUUUGCCUUUAUGACGACAACGAUGAAGAUGAAGAACCCAAAACUCCUGUUCAUGGAGGAGCUGACAAAAAUGUCAGAGCACAUGUGUCUGUUUCAGACACUUCCAAGAGAACUAAUGUGCUCGUUGAAAGUUCUGUUAAUCAAGAACACAGAAGUUCUAUUAAUGCUCAGACAAGUUUGAGGGAUUCUACUGGAUUAGAGAAUAGCCAUUCCAAGGAAUCGUCUUUGCUGAUGCAGAACAAUCCUCUUUCACCUAGCUGUCCAAAAACUGCAAAGAGGAAUGAUACUUGUGUCUCUCCAAGUCCUGGCAAAUCAGAGUCUGAGCAGAUGCUGACCAAGGAGGCCAAACCAAUCAUAACUACCCCUAAGAGGCCUCCUCAUCUGCUUCCUGCCACCAAACCAGUUGUGGAACAGCAUAAAGCUACCAGGCCCUCCAUUAAAGUUUCCACACUUGACAUUCAAAAGAGGGCCCAGGCUGGACCUGUCAAGGUUUCAGGUCCUGUUUUGGAUAGUUCAAACACUUCUCAAAAUCACGUGCCAAGUCAAAAAAGUAGAGCAGCUUUUUCCGGGGAAAGGCUAAAAAGUACUCCUAAAGCAACUUCACAAAUGAGUGAUCCUACUGUUCCAAUGUGUGCUCCAUCAGAACUGGAAGUUGCUAUGGAUGAUAGAAGCAGCUUUUUGGUCAAUUCUAAGACUCUAGAUUCUGUUACAUCUAUGAAACAUCUCAUUGCUGCUGCUCAAGCAAAAAGGAGACAAGCUCACUCACAACCUUUUCCUCAUGGAAACCCUGCUUUUAUAGCUCUUAACGAUGCUCAGGGAAGGAGCCCAAGCUCCUCACCGAGCCAAAUUUUUUUAUCUGGUACUAGCAAUGCUGUACAGGCAGAUAUGCAAGGCUUCUAUCAUCAUACAAAUUUAGUUUCUCCAUCUUCACAUGGUCGUCAAUCAGUGUCACACAGCCAAGUGGAAGCUGAAGAAAUUGAGGAGCAAAGAGUUAGUUCAGGACAGAGGGCUGCUGGAGGUUCAUUGAGUGGUGGUACUGAAGCUGCUGUGGCUCGUGAUGCUUUUGAAGGGAUGAUAGAGACUUUAUCAAGGACAAAAGAAAGUAUCGGACGUGCAACUCGCCUUGCCAUUGAUUGUGCCAAGUAUGGCAUUGCAAAUGAGGUGGUUGUAGAACUUCUAGUCCGAAAAUUGGAAAGUGAGCCUAGUUUCCACCGCAAGGUGGACUUAUUUUUUCUUGUAGAUUCCAUCACCCAGUGUUCACAUAAUCAAAAAGGUAUCGCUGGAGCUUUGUAUGUCCCUACGGUGCAAGCAGCCUUACCACGCCUUGUUGGUGCUGCUGCUCCACCAGGAGCCAGUGCUCGGGAAAAUCGUCGUCAGUGUUUAAAGGUUUUAAGGUUGUGGCUUGAGAGGAAAAUCUUUCCAGAUUCUGUUUUGAGGCACCAUAUGGAUAGUAUUGGAGGUUCAAAUGAUGAUGCCUCUGCUGGAUUUUCCCUUCGACGUCCAUCUCAAUCUGAGCGAGCUAUAGAUGAUCCAAUCAGGGAAAUGGAAGGCAUGCUUGUAGAUGAAUAUGGCAGUAAUGCCACAUUUCAGUUGCCUGGGCUUUUAUCUUCUCAUGUGUUCGAGGAUGAUGAUGAUGACUUUCUGAGCAGUCCUGUUAAGGAAGUUAAUGUUGUGUUGGGAGUUACAGAAUCAACCCUUGCUCUAGGAGAGAGAGAAACAUUUACUGCGACUGCAAGUGACAGGCGCCAUUGCAUCUUAGAGGAUGUGGAUGUUGAACUUGAAAUGGAAGAUGUGUCUGGACACCCAAAGGAUGAAAGACCCUCAUCCACAGGUGUUUUUGUUGAAAUGGAAGCACAGCAGCAUUACUCAGAUAGGUUACCAGAACCGGCAUUAAAUGAUUCUGUCCAUUUGCUGCCUCUACCAGAUGGUUCUCCACCACCGCCUCCUGAUUCUCCUCCUCCACCUCCGCCUUUGCCUUCCUCUCCACUGCUGCCACCACCACCACCACUUCCACUUCCACCUCAACCCUUAACAUCUUUGUCACCGCCGCCUCCACCUCCGCCUCCACCUCCACCUCCACCUCUUCCGUCACAACCACCACCUCCUCUUCCCCCUGUGCCACCUUCAGCUCCUCUGCCCACUGUGGUACCACAACCAUCUGUACCAACUCAAUCUUCGUUACUAGCAAAACCAAUACAACCAUCUCAGUCAUCUGUACAGUCCUCACCUCAUUUGGCAUAUCAAUCAGCUGUACCUCAUGAAUACUGUACUACACCCAGUAGUAAUCAAAUUGUCCAAAUGGCUGGAAGUACUCGUCAUGGGAAUCACAUGUUCUUAAAUCCUCAAGCUCCUCAGCAAAACCCACAUUUUCAGCCAGUUAAUGCACCUUUUGCACAAAGACCACUGCAUUCAAACCUACCACAAAAUGCAUCAAGUCACUUCUCGUUCACGACGCCUCCAAUUCAGCAGCUUCCUUAUCCCCGUCCAUACUCUAUGCCAUCACAUCCAGAUGGCCGGCCACGAUUUUCCACUGAUGAACAGUGGAGGAUGCCUUCAAGCGAAUAUGUGGAUAAUCAUCCUGGUGCAUGGAUGGGUGGAAGAAAUCCAUCUUAUGCAGGCCCUUCUCUUGGCCAGGAAGGUCACUUUCGGUCACCACCUCCAAAUAAUAUGGGUUUUCAGGUUGCUCCCUCCAACAAGGCACCUGCUGGAGCUUCCAUUCCAGGUCAUGGUGUUACACAGAUGUUGCCGUGUAGACCAGACAUGCCUGCCCUUAACUGCUGGAGGCCAGCAUAAUAAAGGGCCUGAGGGCAUCUUAAGUUUUUGACUCUGUGAUCCUGAAAUGAGGAAGUGCGCUUGCAUUAUCAUGCGCCUUAAGGAAGGUUCCCAUGUUGGACAAAAUACAACUACCGCUUGAAGGCAGUGUUUGAACCUUGUGGAGACUCUUGGCAGGGCUCUGUAUAGUGUAAUUUCCUGUCAAAUGUAUCCCAGGAACAUCUUCUUCUGAGUGUAGGGCCGUGUUUCUUACUUGGUUGAGGCAAAACAUUAAGGUGCAUCUGCUGUCAUUCAUGACUUACUCAUUUUGGGGAAUAAAGAUCAAGCUAUAUCCGGGAGAGCUGCAAAAUCCGAGAAUGAAUGGAUCUAAUCAGCAUAUUGUUGAACAUGGAGAAUUCUUCUUGGAGAUACAGUGAACAUCAAGUUUCUCUCCGUGAAAGUCUGGGACAUAGUCAUUGAUGCCUGUAAUAUUGUAUAAGCUAAUGUGCGAAACAAAAAAAAUAAAAUGAGAACCAUUCUGGGACUUUCAUGGUGUUGGGUUCUGUCGGAUGGGGGAAUAGUAGAAUAGUUGAUUUGGUGGUUAGUAUGAUACAAUUGUAAUAUGUCAUGGAUGUAUGCAGUAGAGAGACUCUGGAACAGCAUCUACCGGUGGAGAAUCUUGAAUUUAUGCUCAACAGUAAGGAAGUGCGUUAAUAUGAACAGAUUUGGAUUUUAGCUCUCUUUUAUUUCCCCUAAACUCUUGUUUAUAUUUCCUGCCUUUAAUCCUCGGUCCCUCUGCGUCUUGGGCUUUAAUAUGCAAAAGAGAUGGAAAAUUUGAAGAACAAGUACAGGGACCAAACCUUAAAAAUAGUGAGAACCUAGUUUUACCCGAAUGAAUAUGGAAUGAUACAAAUAUUGAAAAGAGAGAGA